AUGGCGUUGCCUUUGCCGUCACCUUCAUUACCCGCUAAAGAAUCGGCAUCUGGAUCUACUACUUACUGCCGGAAGCAGAAAUCUCUCGGUCUAUUGUGCUCCAAUUUUUUGAGCUUGUACAAUCGAGAUGGAGUUGAAACUGUUGGAUUGGACGAAGCAGCGGCGAGAUUAGGCGUGGAGAGACGAAGGAUUUACGAUAUUGUCAAUGUCUUGGAAAGUGUUGGUGUUCUUGUGAGAAAGGCAAAAAAUACGUACUAUUGGAAAGGAAUGGGAGCAAUUCCUAAGGCCUUAGAGCAGCUAAAGGAAGAAGGUUUCAGGAACAAUGACGAAACAAUUGAUUGUAAAUCUGGAAAGAUUUCGGAUGAUGAUGAAGAUGAACGAUUCUCCAAUCAUAGUGCUUCCUUCCAGGACAAAGUAGAUCUGGAUUCUAUGCAUAAAGUUCCAGGAUCCUUCAAAUCAGAAAAUCGGAAAGAAAAAUCAUUGGGGCUUCUUACUAAGAACUUCCUCAAGCUUUUCCUAUGCACUACUUCGGAUAUGCUUUCUCUUGAGGAUGCUGCAAAAAUAUUGCUUGGAGAUGCUCGGAAUCCAUCAUUGACAAGAACUAAAGUCAGGAGGCUAUAUGAUAUUGCUAACGUGUUGUCUUCCAUGAACUUUAUUGAGAAGAUCCACCACCCAGAAACCAGAAAGCCUGCCUUUAGGUGGCUGGGAAUGAGAGGUCGGACAGAUAGCGAAACAGGAACAAGCAAUGCUUUAGUUCAUAAGGAAUCCAAGAAAAGGACAUUUGGGACCGAACUUACAAACAUUUGUUUCAAAAGAAACAAGCUGGUUUCGCCUAUUGAUGUGGGUAUAAACGAGGACAUCAAACCGUUGGAUCCUCAAGGCGGAAGCCAGCCUGUCAAAUGCAAUACUGACAGGUGCAAUUCAGAUCAGGUUCCUGAACAGUUUGGUCCUUCGGUUCCCCCCAUCUGUCUGCCUAAAUCUUGUGAUGAGGAGAGUAACGAAGUAAAGAAGAGUCAUGAUUGGGAAAGUCUAGCCUCGACUUAUCGUCCACAGUAUCACAAUCAAGCAUUGAGAGAUCUUUUUGUUCAUUACAUGGAUGCAUGGAAAUCAUGGUAUUCUGAGGUUGCUGAAAUGGAUCCAAUCCAAGUAAUUUAGAGAUCCCUUUGAUUCUUUUGGUUGAGAUUGAUUUUAAGAAGUGAUGGCUAGAAAUGGCCAUCCUCACCACCAGAAUGAACAUAAGCUUAUUACCUAUUAGGGGAGAGGGAGAGAGACAAAAUUGUAUGUGUGUUGUUUUUUUGUAGCUUCUUUCAUAUCUACAAGCAUGCCCUUUUAGGGUAGGGUUGGGGUUUGUUGUACUAGCAAGAGUUACCCCAAUAGA